GAGGUUGGACGCCAGUCAAGGGCAUCUUCGGUGCCGAUACGCCCCUCUGGCAGAUUCGGCCGCUUGGGUUGAUUGGCACCUUGAUGAAUGCAGCAGGGUUCAGCGAGGCCCUGGGGAUUCUCCUCCCUGAGAUCUGGCAGGCGCAAACACUCGCCCAGUCAGAGGUAAGGCGUGCGGAGGCUCCGUUCGAUCCGAGGUCCAUGGUGCUGUGGCAUCCUACUCGGACCAGUGAGGUCAGAGGCGUCAUCGCAUCUUUAGUCUUGUCGCAUAGUGUCCAGCAUGAGACCUCCGUCCUUGCUGGUUGGUGUCGCGUAUACUGCGCGUCACGAGCUCAUCUGAAAGAGGCACCUCAGAUGGUGGAUAUCCGAGUAGGCCGGCAGCAAACGGCAGCCUUCCUGGAGAACGACCGGCAAUGUGCAGAACGCCACCGCUUUUCGGCUUUCAAUGCCAGCGCGAUGAGUCUCUGUGGCCAAAUUUCCUCGCUGCUCGAGCAUGUGGAGUUCAAAGUGGGCGCCAAGGGCAAGAAGGAGCUGGUGGACAACACCUUGGACAAGAAGUUCCGGGGCUCAAAAAUGGACAACUACUUCCGGGUGUCCCAAAGAGGCUCCAACCUCACGACGGAGAUCCGCGCGGGGGUCACUACCUUUCUCACCGCCGCCUACAUCAUGGCCGUCAACCCGAACAUCCUGAGCACCACUGGGCUGAACUUCGACGGCCUCGUCUUCGCCACGGCCGCCUCCAGCUGUGUGGCCACGCUGAUCAUGGCGCUCUGGGCGAAUUUGCCCUUUGGCCUCUGGCCUGGUAUGGGCAUGAAUGCCUACUUCGCCUACACCAUUGUUGGGUUCAAGGGCGGCCAGAACGCAGUGAAGAAGGUGAUGCUUGCAGUGACGGUCGAGGGCGUGAUCUUCAUCCUCAUGUCGGCCCUUGACCUCCGGCGCUACGUCUUCAAGGUCUUCCCGACCUGGAUGAUGAAGGCCACUAUGGCGGGCAUCGGCUUGUUUUUGGCUUUCAUCGGCCUGCAAGCGGGCAACGGCAUCGACAUCGUUCGGGACCAUCCGGCGGUAUUGGUCGACCUCGUCACACUGACAGGCGAGCACUUCCUGCGCACCUGGAUCGGAAUCGGCUUCUUUUGCCUCAUGAGCCUUCUGAUCCUGCUGCGUGUGCGGGGAGCCGUGAUGGUGUGCAUCCUGCUGAGUGCUUGUCUCUCCUGGAUCUUGCAGGCGGCGGCGGUGGAGCAGUUCUCCUACAAGCCCAUGUGCUGCCUAGGCAGCGUCUCCUACACGGAGCCGUCAAACGGGGGUGUGGAGUGGUAUCCCAAGCCAGGGGGUGGGUUCUACCCGAAGCCCACUUGCGAGAACCCCUUCACGGUGCCGGGCUACGGUAAGAUGGAGACCACGGAUGCUGGCACGUCCUUUAGUUUCGUGUCCUCCACAUCGGUGUCGAGUGCCAACGGCGUCUACACCAUCACGGACGGUUCAUCUUCCAGGAACCACAGCGGCAGCCUCUACUUCGAGGGCAUUGCUGCCGGGCGGGAUUCAUCCUUCAAAGGCGGUUGCACGGACACCUGCCAUGCCAUGAUGGGUGGCUUCAAUCCAGCCUGCUUCGAUGCAGUCUUGGUGGAGACGGGCUGCUGGACCUCGAUGUCCUAUCAGAGCCGGGCCGGCGCCAAGCUCGUGCUCGACGAGUUCGGAGAGGGCUGCAUCGGAGGAGCCGGGCGCAUUCCGAAGACCUUCAGCGCUCCCAGCGCUUUCGCCUCCGCUCCCUUGAUCGAUCUCGCGGGGCCUUUGGUAGCUCCCUUCUCCGGAUGGGACGGUUGCGAUGCGGAUGGUAACUGCGUCAGUGGAGAUGUCUCCGGUGGAACGAUCUUGGCGUGGGAUUUCUCGGGCUUUGGGGAUUGGCAGGGCUUCUGGAAUCCUCUGCUCACCCUCCUCUACAUCGAUUUCAUUGGAACCAUGGGCUUCCUAUAUGCAGCCGCAGACCUCAGUGGCCUGGUGGACCCUAAGAAGCCCGAGACCUUUCCAGGGUGUUACGCGGCUUUCAUGGCCGAUGCCGUCGGGACUUUCGUCGGAGGCUUCCUAGGCACCAGCUCUGUGACCACUUAUGGCGAAUCCAUGGCCGGUGUCUAUGAGGGUGGCCGCACAGGCCUCACGGCGCUCGUGAUCGCCUUCCUGAACUUUGUCUGCAUUUUCAUGACGCCCCUGCUCUCCUCCGUCCCCACCCUGUCUACAGGACCGGCACUGGUGAUGGUGGGCGUCUUUAUGAUCGAGGGAGUGAAGGACAUCGACUGGACGGACUACAUGCAGGCCAUCCCGUCCACGAUCUGCAUCCUGCUGCAGAUCACCACGUACAAGAUCGAAGUCGGAGUUCUGGGAGCUUUGCUUGUUUGGAGUUUCCUCAUGAUCUUCUCCGGCCGCGUCUUCCUUUACAUUCCCGGGGCCUGGGAGAAGCUCCCUGCCUUCCUGCAGCGGUUUGUGGCCUCGCAGACGGGCGACGAGGAGUUCCAUCGGCGGCUCAAGGAGGUCGAAGCGACGCCUGUGGAGCCCAGGAAGCUGAAUGUCCUCCCGAGCCCGGACCUUGAGCAGCCCUCCGUUCGCCAAGCUUGGUGA